AGAAAAACUAUCAUCAUCAAAAGAUUAACCGAUUAAGAGGCUCAACUUGUUUCAUUGCAAAACCUUGGGGAGAGUUCUGCAAUACAGACAAACAUAAAGAAAGAGGCAAAAGUCAAAGUGUAGUAAUAACUAAUAACCAGUUGCACACUCCAAAAAACGCCACCUCCUCCACCGUAAGCCUGCGCAGGAAUUGUAACCCUUAUCCGUCGACUUUCACCCACCGCCGUUCCAAUUUCCAAGCAGUAAUGGGCGGUGAUACAAUUUCUCUUCCGGAUUCCUCCAUCGACGAUGAAGACCUAUCCUCCAUCAACCAGCAAUUCCUUGAUCGUUUGAGCGUAAUACCCACUUCAAGGCCAGGUGGUUUGAAAGCCAAAACAACGGACGAGAACGAAUCCGUGUUUACAGAAUCUGAUGCUACGAGCUUCCGAGAUUCUUAUAACACUUUGAAGAGCAAAGAAAAUGAAACAAGAACGCACAGUGUCUACGCACAAGUUCUUAAGAAUUACGAUGAAUUGAAGCACCGGGCUUUGAAUAUCGAGGUGGCUAAAAGUAAAAUUUUGAGCUAUACCCCUGGAUCAUGGGUAGAAAACGUAGGAGGGAUGACCAUGAAUGACUACAACUUGCCAAAAACAACAACACUUCUAUUAAUCGGCCCAAAAGGAUCUGGGAAAAGUAGUCUCAUCAACAGAAUCUCAAGGGUUUUUGAAGAUGACAAAUUUGCACCAGAAAGAGCCCAAGUCACAUAUAAUUCAUCCAUUGGAAAUGGAACUUCCUUCCUCCACGAAUACAUGAUACCAAGAAAUUCAACUUCUUUCUGCCUGUAUGACACUCAAAGCUUUUCAAAUGAUUUAUCUGAAAAUUUGGAGAUGAUCAAACACUGGAUGACAAAAGGUGUUUCUCACAAUGAACUGGUGAAAAGCCCAACUUCAAACGCCAAAAUGAAGGAUAAAUUCGUCUCUUAUGAAAGAAGGAAAGUCAACUUUGUUAUAUUUGUGGUCAACGGGCUUUCAAUUCUGAAAUGUUUAGACAGCAAUGGAGCAGACACACAGUAUACAGAAAUGGUUUCUAAAGUUUUCAGUUCACCAUUUUUGUCUUUCAAAGAUCAUAAACCUGCUAUUGCAAUUACACAUGGAGAUCUACUUACAUUAUCUGAACGUGCACGUGUUUGUGUUCAUCUUGGAGAGCUUCUUGGUGUUCAUCCAAGUAAACAAACAUUUGACAUUCCAGAUAACAAUGAAGUCACAACUGAGUUGACUAUUGUUGACUUGCUGCGUUAUGCUCUUGAGCAUGCAGAUAGAAACCUUCCUUUCAAAUCCCAACCUCGAAUCAACAAGGGUUGUAGGAUUCAGAUAUGGGCUUGUUCAGUACUGAUAUUAGCUCUGGGAGUGUUCUAUUUCACAGUUCAUCUUCAUGGGUUUCAUUCUGAAAAAGUUCAAGAAGAAAGUGUUCAUAAACCAGAUCUUGAAAUGAAGAAAGUUAACACAGAAAGUGUUCUUAAACCAAAUCUGGAAGUAAAGGAAGUUUGUAGGGGUAGGAAAUCUAAAUCUGAAUCAAGAAAAGAGAGAAAGAAGGGAAGGGUUCGUGAACCAAGUGUGGAGAUAGAUUGGGCGAAGAUUCGUCACAUUUGGUAGGGGUAGAUUUGUCAUUUGUCAACCAAAAACCAGGUAUGUUUAUAUAAGUUUGAGUAUAUCUUGAACUGUGUAAAUAGUAUAAAACAACUUGGUGUGAAUAAAAGUGGACUACUGAUUGUGGAAGAGAUUUCCCUUUCGGGUUCACUUCUUCGUCAGACAUGUAAUCUAUAUAAUAAACUAAACUAUAAAAAAAGUUGUAAAUCGUGUUUAUAAAGAGACCAUAAUGAUGAAUUUACCUAAAA